CUCUCCCGCUCUGCUAUAAAAACUUCAAAACCAUAUCGGAGAGCUUCAGAUUCCGGCGCCGGUGACCGAUAGCGGAGAAACCAAAGCCGAAGAACAAGAAGAGCUUCACAUUGCUUCGGUCACUCCUUCCGUAUCCAUUUUGUAUGAUUCUGUAGAGAACGAGAGGCGACGAACAGAGCUCCGGCGAGACGCGAUUGUUACAAUCAAUCGGAACGAUGUUGGCGGCGAUAGUCGUUGCUGCGAUCGCGAUCGCAUUGAGCAGUCUGGCGGCGAGGAUGUACGAUCAGAUGCAUAGGAAACCUAAUCGAGUUCGAUCGAGGCUGCAGAAGCAGGGGAUCAGAGGACCAGAGCCGUCGUUCCUCCUCGGAAACAUCGCGGAAAUGCGGCGUUCGCAGGCCAAGGACUCGAGAUCUCCGCCGGUGCCCGGCCGCGUGUCGCACGAGUGGGCGCACUCGCUGUUCCCGUUCCUCAACGAUUGGUCGCGGCGAUACGGGUUUGGGGGAAUGUUGAGCUUCAUGCUGGGGAACAUUCUCGUGCUGUUUGUGGAGGAUCACGAAUUAGUGAAGGAAAUCAGCGUUUGCACUUCUCUGGAUUUGGGGAAACCGUCGUAUCUGCAGAAAGAGAGAGGUCCUCUUCUAGGACAGGGGAUUUUGUCGUCCAAUGGCCCACUGUGGGUGUACCAGAGGAAAAUCAUGUCCCCUGAACUCUACAUGGACAAAAUCAAGGGAAUGUACGGGAUCAUGAUAGAAUCUGCGAAGGAACUGGUGAGUUGCUGGGAGAAGCAGAUCGUUAAUGGAGACGAAGGAGAGGUGAGAAUCGAUCUGGAUAUGAGAAAUUUCUCGGCGGAUGUAAUCUCGAAAGCCUGCUUUGGAAGCAGCUACACAGAUGGGAGACUCAUCUUUCAGAAACUCAGAGCUCUUCAGCGAAUCAUGUCCAGCAAAAGCAUGCUCAUGGGACUACCAGGCUUGAAGUACAUUCCAGUGAAGAGCAAUAGAGAAUUGUGGAGGCUGGAGAAGGAGAUUCGAAGUCUGAUCCUGGGCGUGGCUGAGGAACGGAAGAAAGGGAGGAACAACGCGAGGGAUUUGCUUCAGAUAAUCAUAGAGGGUGCGGAAAACAGCGAUCUCAGCGCAGAAAACAAGGCCAGGUUCAUAGUUGAUAACUGCAAGACUGUCUACUUCGCUGGCCAUGAAACCACUGCCAUGUCCGCCUGCUGGACCUUGCUCCUCCUUGCCUCCAACCCCGAGUGGCAGGCCCGCGUCCGGGAGGAGGUCGUCGAAGUCUGCGGCGGUCGCGUGCCCGACCCCGACAUGGUCAACAAGAUGAAACUGCUGAGAAUGGUGAUAAACGAGUCCCUGCGCCUCUACCCAACGGUGGUGUUCAUGUCAAGAGAAGCCUUAGAAGACAUGCACUUUGGCAAGCUUAUGGUCCCAAAAGGAGUAAACAUAUGGGUGCCUGUAAUCUCCCUUCAUCGGGAUACCUCCAUCUGGGGCCCCGAUGCUGACGAGUUCAACCCCGACCGGUUUGUCAACGGAGUUGCGGGGGCCUGCAAAGUUCCCCAGCUCUACCAGCCCUUUGGCGCCGGGCCUCGCAUCUGUGCAGGCUUGAAUCUCGCCAUUGUAGAGUUGAAGAUUGUUCUCGCUAUACUUCUGACCAAGUUCUCCUUCUCGGUACCCUCGACGUAUCAACACUCGCCCGUGUUCAACCUCGUGAUCGAACCGGAGCACGGCAUCAACCUCACGAUGAAGAAGAUAUGAAUAUGAUAGGGUUGCCAAGAAUGAGAUUUAGAUAAUUAAGGGAAGAAGAUCUAUGCUAUGGUGAUGAGGAAAUGAGGUAUUGGUUUUUCCUAUGUUGUCUUUUUACUUGAAAUAAUGCAUUUUAUGUUUUUACUAAUGAGAAAUGAGGAUACAACUAAUUAAUUUUGUUU